AUGGCAAUGCUUUUACCAUUUCUUAGUAGUACUGGUCAGGCUCUCGUCGGAGCCUUACUAAAUCAUAAACAGAACAAACAGCCUGGUGAGUCUAGUAAAGUGACCACGUUGCGCGAAGAACUCGAUCGUUAUAAAGCACGAUUUGCCGAGCUGAUGUGCCGUUUCGAUACAUUGAUUAACGAAAUCAGGGAAACAAAAAUCGAAACAUUCGAAGAGUUGGCCGCUCUGGAUAAAGAAAAAAUGAGGACUCUCAUAGCUCUGGCAAACCAAACCAUUCCAAUCGAGUUGAAAGAGAAAAAUAUUGGCUUGUUUGGUCAGACAUCAACCGGCAAAUCAACCAUGCUCGAUGCUCUACUUAAAAAGAAAGUUACUGCGACAGGCCCUGGUGAAACAAUUCAAGAAAUUACGGAAUCUAAUGGUAUAGAAUUCACUUUGUGGGAUGUUCCAUAG